AUGGUUAUAAAACACAUAUUUUUUACUCUUUUGUGUAUAUUUAGAUUGUAAAUCAGUGCCUCAAAUUGAGUAAAAAAUAUAUUAAAUGUUUUUUUUAAUUACUGAUCAACACGCCCAGUACGCGCGAAAAAAUGAAUUGAAAACUUUAUCAAUUUUGUUAGAAAUACUUCUCGUUCAAGCCAUUAGACAAAUUCUUUAACUAGAUCAUUACACUGUGGCUAAGAAGAAAAAAAGUUAAUAAUAUAAAUAAAAGAGAUUAAAUUGAAACCAACAAAAAUGUGGGAUAAUAUAAUAGAUUAUUUAAAGGAUCCCCUUUUAGUUGUUAAAGUGCAGAAUUUUUUUGGUGUCAUCUAUAAAAAAAACUAUUCAAGUGAAGAAACUAGUAUCAUACGAUCUGAUAGACAUAACAGUGAAGAUGACAAUACCAGGCAGCAUAAGAGAAUUCCCAGUGAUAUAUCGGGGACCUCACAGUCUUCUUGUGAGACGGACACAUCGUCAGAAAGUCUAGAGGAGGUGGAAUGUUUGAUCAACAACAAAUUCUGGUACUACUUAUUUGUAUUAGGAACUGCACUGGGCGAUGAAAUAUUUUAUGCAACAUUUAUACCAUUUUGGUUUUGGAAUAUAGAUGGUGCUGUUGGAAGAAGAGUUGUAUUAGUGUGGACUAUAGUUAUGUAUAUAGGUCAAGGUUUUAAAGAUAUAAUUAGAUGGCCUCGGCCUGGUUAUCCUGUUAAGAAGCUGCAGGAUAAGUGGGCGAUAGAGUACGGUAUGCCCUCAACCCACGCAAUGGUCGGUGUCUCCAUACCAUUCUCGGUCUUAUUUUAUACCAUGAAUAGGUACCAGUAUCCUGUGCAUUGGGGAGUCCUUAUAGCUGUGUCAUGGUGUACAUUGAUCUGUGUCAGCAGAGUUUAUCUUGGGAUGCAUAGCAUUCUGGAUAUAGCGGCAGGUCUGUUGCUGUCGUCAGCAUUGUUGGUGGUUCUGAUCCCUGUUGUUGACCGUCUGGAUGGGUUUCUGCUAACUUCCCAGUGGUCACCUCUACUAGUCAUCACUAUCUCUAUUCUAGUCAUCGUAUAUCAUCCACAAUCUGACAAAUGGACGCCGACAAGGGGCGACACGACCAUGAUAGUGAGCGUGUGCGCCGGCAUCCUGACGGGGUCGUGGACAAACUACCGGCUGGGCAACAUGUCGGCGAGCCCGCUGGCGCCGCCCUACGCGGUGGAGUGGCCGAGCGUGGAGAUGUGGGGCUGCACGCUGCUGCGCACCACGCUGGGCUUCUGCGGCGUGCUGGCCACGCGCGCGCUGGCCAAGUCCGUGUCGUUCGCGCUGGCGUGCGCGCUGCUCGGCGCCGACCGCCGCGCCGUGCGCGCCGCCGCGCCCAGCCUGCACGACACCAACACCAUCAUCGUCGAGCACUCCUACAAGUACAUCACGUACGGCCUCAUCGGCUUCAACACCACCUACGUGCUGCCGACGGUCUUCGAUCUGCUCUUCAUAAACCGGCCGACGUACUACACUGAGAUUUAGUCGCCGAGACUAAGUACGAGCCUCGUCGGGGAAAAGUGUCCUUAUUAAACGAUUGGAUAUUAAUUAAUUUGCUCUUAACAGGAGUUGAGGCGUUAAAGUUAUAAAGAAUUCGUUGAGUUUAAAUAUUAGUUUUAGUAGAUCAUUCCAAAUAUAUAGUUCUAAUAUAAUUUAAAUUCCAUAUAUAUGUAUAGUCGAUGUACAACUUGUGUAACUAUCUGUUUAAAUUUAUUAUUAUAAUUGACUUUAUUAAUAUUUUUGUUGUAAAAGAUUGCUAAAGUUACUUAUUUACAAUAAAUUAAAAAUAUUUUUUUUAAACAGUUUGCGACACAAUGUUGAAUUCAUAUCAUAUAUAUACAUCAAUGUUACAGGCAGCUAUUUAUAUGAUUUUGUUUAUAUUAUACAGCUAAUAUCUGGCAUGCUUUGAAGUCUUUUUGUUUUUUUUUUUUUUGUAAACAAUUGUCGAAUAAUAUUCGCCAUCAAUUAUGUUGAUGGUACCAUGACAGAAACCUUCAUGCCAGUGCCAAUUACAAUUUAAAUUUUAAACUCGAUCAACGAUGUGUGUACCUGGAAUACGAACAAAUACAUGCACAAAUUUUUAUGUAUUGUGAUUCAUUUAUGGUCAUAUUAAGCACGUUAACGUUAUGACGUCACAAAGUAGUCACGUGAUAUUUUUAAAAUUUCAUUUUAUUUCAAUUAUUUUAUUAUCUGCAUACUUAUUGUAUGUCAUUUAAUAUAAUAUAUAUUUGCGUCCAUUUUCAAUAUUAUUUAGAAUAAACUGUUAAAUUAAAAUAUGAUAAUUAUUUUUGUAAACGAUCUUUUAUUCUCUUUAAAGGAAACUUUCUUCUGGCUCUAGUUUUUGGUAAUCACCGAAAAAUUAAAAUAAACAAACCAAGGCCUGUAUUAUCAACCUUAAUAAUACAGGCCUGCAAAUUAAUUGAUGGGUAAUUUAUUCCGAUUUAAUAAAUAAACUACCAAAAAAAAACAAAAGCCUUAUCCUAGUUAGUAGUUACUUGUAGUAUCCUUAUUUUAACUUAAAAAAAUGGCGCAAUCGUGCCAUGCAAUGAAAUAAGUUCUAGAAAAACAUUAGCCCUUAUUCAACUAUCAUUCGUCAUGGAUUAAAAUAUAAAUAAAUAAAGUUGUUGGUUUAGAGAUAUACGAAUAAGAUUUUUUUUUUGUUUUUGUAUCGCAAAAGAAGUAUUUUUAUUUUGUGCCAAUAUUAAAUGCGUUAUACAUACAUAUAUUAACAAAUCAUAUUGUUUCAUAAUUUGUAUUUAUUGAGGAAUAAGCCUUAAAUAUAUUUAAAAAUAAUACUUUUUUUAAAUGAAAGGCUAACAUUUUUUUUAAGUUAUUAUCACAGAAUAAAAAUACAAUUACAAUUUCCAUUUUUAAACGACGCACAUAUUUAUAUCAGCACCAAAAAUUCAUAUAUAUAUAUUCUAUUUAUGAUAUAUAUAAAUAAUAAAAUAAAUACUUUAUAAUGUCAAUACACAUUGAUCCUACAUAAGUAUAUUAACGUCGUUUUUAUAAGGAAAAUUUGAGCAUCUGGUUACAUAAAAUGUUUAAUUAUAGACAGUACUAGGAUGUUUUUAAUUUAGCUGUUCUUGUUAGGACAAUAAUUUUAUCUAUGCAUGUUGCAAUAUAUUUUUAAUUACAAACUUAUAUCGAAACGUAUUUAUGUAAUUAUGCAUGAAAAGAUACUUACGUCACGUGAAAUUAAGCUAAAGAACAAAUAGUUUAGUGUAACGGUUUGAUUUGAUGUACUAUACAUAUUUAUAAGCUGUUACUUAUUAAUUGAUAUACGCACAUAGCACCGCAGUGUCGUGAACUCUAGUGAUAACUAACGAUAAGGCUACUGCCAUACAAUAUCAUUGCACAGUUGUAUAUUAAAAUAUUUUUAUAACGAUUA